UUUUCGCGUGACGCUACUCGUUUGGUAUGUUAAGUAUGUGACGUAGUACCUACUAUGUGAAUCUAAUUUCUCUUUCCCUUCUCUUGGAAGUAUGAAUGUAUAUAGUAUUUAACUGCGACAAUAUUACUUUUGUCCAGUUCGCUGCUUAAAGUGGAUUAGUAUAUUCAAGUAGCAAUACCACAGUUAAGUUUUCAUAAAUCCGUUCAACAUGGAUUGGUUUUCGAAAGACAAAAAGUGCGUUUUUACGAAUCAGUUUAGUCAAAUAGUUGACGGCUUUGUGAGGUGGGUUGCAAACAAAAUAGAAUGGAUUUGCUUAUAGAUAAUACGCAUACAAAUCUGUACUAAACCUUUCUGACCAUAAUAACAAACUGAUUUUCUCAGAAAUUUAGACUGUUUUGUACACUGCGCUCGUAUUUUUUUCCUAUACUCACAUUUGGGGACCGACUUCAUGAAUAAAGAGAAGAGUUGAAUUCUUAUUACGCUCGCAAAUUUAUCACCACACCUUGCCUUAUAAAUAUAAUCAAAGGUUUCCGGCAGUUCUUUCGUUAUUUGAUCGUAAUGUCUUCCCGAGUAUUACGUAAACUGAAGAAAGGUUCUGAAAAUCCUCUUGAUGACAAUGAUAACUUUAGUGAUAACGAUGAACCCGUCACCGGAGGUUCUGUUUUCUCGGAAUUCAGCAAUUGUUUUUCCGCGCAUUCGAUAACUAUCCCUUCCUCUGAUGACAAUUCUCAUGAUCAAUGUGAAUCUUUUAAAUCCAAAAAGCGGAAAAAGAAAAAAAGCAAGCAAAAGGAUAAAACUGGAAUAACCUACCAAUUAGAUAAUAUAAAACUUUCAAAUGAACCAGGGAUUGCUGAUCAAAGUAAACAAGUGAUAGACUUGCUAAAAGUAAAUAUCAAGAUGUUAAAUCAUGUUGGAGAACUUAGUCGUUUGUUUGGGUCAGAAGUUAUCGGUGGGUCCGAAACAUGUUUACGAAGAAAACGAAGUCGCGUCAAACAUGGUAUGCUUGUACCGGUAAAAUCCACUUGGCCACCUACUGUUCGAAUUGGCUUGAGUAUGGAACCUUUGGGUUGUGGUUUAUAUACCUUCGUACACAGUAAAGAAUAUCAAAAUAUACAGAGGUCAUUUUACAAUGCUUUAGAGUCCAUGAAUCCAAAUAAUUUGAGUGGUAUAUUGUAUGAAAAUCCUUAUCACAUAGAUUCCUUACUACAGUUGAGCGAAAUAAUGAUGCACCAAGAAGAUACGACUGUAGGUACUGAUCUUUUGGAACGCGCACUCCAUGCUUUCCAAUCAGCUUUUCAUCCUUCUUUUAAUCCAUUCAGUGGUUCUUGUCGUUUAGACUUUAAGCGUCAAGUCAAUCGUGGUUUGUUUGUAGCACUUUUUCGCUAUAUCUUGAAAAUUAGUGAACGGGGCUGUUAUCGAAGUGCACUGGAAUAUUGCAAAUUAUUGUUAAGCCUUGAUUAUGAAGAUGAUCCUUUGACGGUUCUACUUAUGAUAGAUUGUUAUGCUAUUUACUCUAGGCAGUAUAGAUUCCUAAUUGAUUUGUAUGAUAGCCUAAAUGGUUCGCGCAACUUGUACUUACUUCCCAAUUUUGGUUUAUCUAUACCAUUGGCUCGUAAGUUAAUUGGCGAAGAUCCAGAGAAAUGUGAUGGAAACAAGAUGAGUGUGGAUGAAUCUUUGCAAGAUGCUUUAAUCAUGUUUCCCGGAUUUGUGUCGCGUUUACUUAAACAUACAAGUAUUGGCGGUAUUACAAAUCUUGAAAAAUCUAUCCUUUUUGGAAAAGAAGUCCUAUUGAGCGAAUCAGAUAGUCUUGGUUGUUUACUAAGUCUAUAUGUCGCUCGCAUGCAUCCUCUUUGGUCCUCACCCAACGUCCUUCCGUGGCUGGAAAAAAAUAUUGCCACUGUUUUAACUUUGGUUGAACCUAAAAAAGUUCAUCUUUCUGAGUCUAAUACUAUUGAUCCACGUCUUUCUGAAUAUUCCAAAAGACGUAAGUCUCUUUAUCCUGCUUUCCCACCGAAGAUUUUGAGGCACCUGAUUUUGUCCGAAGUUUCUGAAGCUCCACCCAUUUUACCCAGAAAUUUAACAAGUUCUCCUAUUUAUGCAUUCGAUCCUAUCCCACCCAGAAGCUCUAUCAAUAUUUACUAUCCAGAAGAAGAAAGACGUCGCAUUCGUGAAACUAUGGCUGGAAGUGGAUUUCUCAACGGUCUUCUAUCAUCAUUCUUACCCUCAAGCUCUAUAAAUGCUGAAUUGGCUCUUCGUGGUCCUUCUGGUGCACCAACAGUCAGUGAAAAUGCUUCUGGUAGUAUUGGUGGAAUCGUACGUGCAGCAGCGGGAACGUUCUCUGCUACUCUCAGACAAGUGUUAGAAAUGAUUGAUAUUCGUACGGUUGGCUUGGAGGACGAAGACAGUAAUCAUAAUAAUUCUUCUGAUGAAGCUACCUGAAGCUUAGUUAUUGUUUAUUCCCUAGAAAAUGCAAACAUUGUAUUUUUCAAUACCAAGGUUGAACUUGAAAAUUUCAAAUCAGUUGAGCAUUGGGUAGAAAGUUAAUAAUAAAUAAGUAUUUAGUCUGAAGAAGUGGAUUACAUUAAGUCACGAAACGUCAUAAAUACAAUUUUUUCACUUAUUGGGAUAUAACAAAGAAUAUAUUUAUCAUUACUUUUUUCCUUAAAAAAUACUCAGGUUAAUGUAUCGCUAUGAUAAGAGGUAUAUCUGUAUAUGAAGUAAAAUAAAUGUUGAAAUUGUUGUGGUGUAGUUUUAAUUGUGUAAUAGUUAUUUUGGUACAAAUUUUAUAUCAUUGAAACGAACAUAGGAAACAGCGCUACUAAAAAAAACAAUUGUGUUGAUGUUUUCGACAAACUAUGAAAUAUUGUUGCAUUUCUAAUACUUCGGGUUACUUUUCCCGAAUUUUCCAAAUACAAUAGUAGUU